AUGAGUGACCUGCAGAAGUCUUUUGCCCGGGCACGCUUGUCUCAUCUCCCUCCGGAGCCACCGACCCUUGCAGAGGAACAAGAUGAAGAAGGCGAUGACUUGACCGAGUUGAGGCCAGGGUCUCCAAAUGAUUCUUCCUCGUCGGCUUCUUCAACAUCCUCUACGGGCACCAUCGUCCCGUCGCCCAGCCGGAAUCUGUUUGAGAAACCUAAAGGUGCUGCCAUAAGAUCCCGUACCGCACCCCUUCCUUGGGAUGAUUUCUUUGCUCAAGACCUCGCUUUUGAUCAGAAGACACCCUCAGAGACAAUCCACCAUCACGUUUAUCUAACUCCUCCCUCUGCUUCUGGCCCGCUCAUUGUUACACAUCAUGGAGCUGGCUCGUCAGGCUUGUCAUUUGCUGCCUUCACGAUAGAGUUGCUGAAGAUCCUUCCCAAUGCUGGUGUUCUCUCAUUAGACGCACGAGGGCAUGGACAGACCACAACAACCACUUCCUCUGGUAGCUCCCCACCUUCUCAAGACCUCAGCUUAACCACUCUAGCAGAGGAUGUGGCCUUCGUUGUCAAUGCUGUCAAAGCAUAUAUGAAGUGGUCAACCUUGCCAGAUAUCGUGUUGAUCGGACACAGUCUAGGAGGUGCCGUCGUGACCGAAGUGGCUCACGAGAGACUUCUCGGCAACACCUUACUAGCAUACGGUGUCCUCGACGUAGUAGAAGGUUCGGCUAUGGAUGCUUUGAAAAGCAUGGACACAUAUCUCUCCACGAGGCCGAAAUCCUUUCCUUCACUUGCUUCGGGUAUUGAGUGGCACACAAAAUCUCGAACGAUCCGAAACACCACCUCGGCUCGAGUCUCGGUUCCAUCACUACUUCAAGAAUCCAAAACAAACAAAGACACAUGGCUCUGGCGGACUGAUUUAGCUGCUACCAAACCCUUCUGGGAAGACUGGUUUGUCGGGCUGUCCAAGAAGUUCCUGGAGUCUCGUGGAGGUAAAUUACUGCUGCUGGCGGGGACGGACCGACUUGACAAGGAGCUCACGAUUGGGCAGAUGCAAGGAAAAUACCAACUCCAAGUGUUUCCUGAAGCCGGCCAUUUUAUACAAGAAGAUCAACCAGCCAAAACCGCCCAGAUUGUGGCGGACUUUUACAAAAGGAAUGACCGCACCGGCCUCGUCCUACCUCCAAAAGUAGACGAUCUGAUCAGACAGGGGAAGUUGAAACCUGCUGGUAUGAAGACCGGAGGCUGA